AACUAUAUAAAAGGUGAGAUUCAUUUUAUCAAAAGUGGUUACUAUCGGUAAAUCUAGUUUCCUUUAAUGCUAACUUUGUGUAAAUUUCGAUUGUUAUUAGUAAACUUCGGAAUCCUGUCAGUUUUAGGAAAUAAUCUCACCUGUUAUCAAUGCAAUGAUUGUGAUAAAGUUGAUAAAAAUACAGGAAAAUCACGCGGUUGCCCAGUUUGCGUGAAAGCCAUUUAUAGCCAACCGAAAAGACUUGUCGAAAGAUCAUGCUACUAUUCGUGUGAGGCAUUACCAGAAUUUCCAGCUGCUAAAUUUUACUGUUGUAAAAAAAAUUUAUGUAAUUCAUCACCAAGCGUUAGUUGGAACUCAAUGUGUUUCCUUUCCACUGUGCUAAUUUAUAUCAUCCUAAAAUAUCUGAGUAAAUUUAUGUGAAUUUUUUUUUAAAUUGUUAAACAUGUUAAUUUCUAUAUAUGAAUAAAGUAUACUAUGUCCAUCAGUAUUCUCACGUAAACCGGUUGAAUGUUUCUCAUCGACUCCAACCAUUGUUAUUAUGCUUGUAGGCAAUAACCUGUCUUUGGAUUUUGUUCACCAUAUGAAUUAAUUCCUGCACUUUUUGCAUUUAUUUCCCUUGAUGAAUUUGAAUAAUUAAAACAAUUAGUCCCUUUGAUAAAU